CUGUUACCGCGUAUCCAGUUAGACGAUUCACGGUGAAAUAAAACAAGUAAAAACAGUACCCAAGAUGGCCGAUACGGGAUCUAAUGUAAAUGAAUACAGAGUUAAAACACCCUCUGGUGAAAGGGCUCAAAACCUACCAAUUGAAAUUGAGAUUGAAUUUGAGAAGGUCAGUAUCAUUGAUAUCGACGAUAACAAGCAGGAGUUUCGAGCAGAAGUUCACCUCAGUUUUUCCUACGAAAAACCGGAAGUUUCCUCGAAGGUAGAAGACUGGGACCCACAAAUAUACUUUCCAAACUGUUCAGAGUUUCACCACAAGUAUCAAAUAUUAGAUACUGAGGACGACCCAGACAAGGUUAUAGGAGGAUACAUAGUCGAUGCUACAUUUAUCGAAAUCAUGGAUCUGUCCGAUUUUCCCUUUGAUUUACAGAAACUGCACGUUGAGGUAUCAUCACGGAGGCCGGAAACCGAGGUGACAAUAAAGGGAGGUAGACAUACCGAGAACGUCGUUGAAUUCGAAUCUGUGUUCAAAGCUGCCAAGGAAUGGAUAUUGGAUGAAACAUUUCAAAGAAAAAUAGUCGAUAAAAAUGCACUUCAGAAUAAACCAGACAAAACCCGGUCAAAUGUUGCUAAGAGAUUGUUGGGUGAUGACAGAUUUCGAAGAAAGAUAACUGACAUAAAUGCAAAUCAGACAAAGCCAGAUCCAAGUUUGACAAACAGUGAACAAGUUACUUUCCCAAAGCCUAAAUCAAAGUUAGCUCAAUUAAGCGGUCUCAAAAAAAGACUUCAGAAUUCAACUGCUCAGCGAUCAAACAGAACAAAAGACAUCAAAUCAAAGAUUCUCAGGCAAAACAAGAAGUUCCAAAUCACACUAUAUGCCAGAAGGAGAUGGAAGUUUUAUUUCGUUAACGUAAUCCUUAUUACUGCAGUAAUAAUGGGCCUGACAUUCACGUCAGGAACUCUUGAUUCGAACGCGACAGGAGACAAACUGACCGUCACUGUCACUCUACUGCUGACAUCAGUUGCCUUCAAGUCUGCCAUUGCGAACAGACUGCCAGUGAUAUCGUAUCUAACAUUCCUGGAUAAAUACAUACUGGCGUGUUUAGCCGCCCAGGUAGCCAUCGCUUUGCAGAAUGCUGUCUCAACGCUUUUCCGCAAUGACUUCUUCAAGCCGUGGGCAGACUUUUAUGACUGGAUCUCCAUGCCCCUACUAGGCUCAGUGGCCAUAUGGCUGAACCUUGCCUUUUUAAUUAAGGCCAUCAUGAUAAAUCGUAGGAACAAACAAAUGCUGAAAAGGGUCAGGGAAGAAGAAAGCAAGAAUCUAACGAAACGCCAGGUCGACCAAGAAGACAUGGAGGCUAAAAUAUACAACAAAGCAGCUCUGGUUGACUUAGAAGAGCCAGUGUAUUGAAUAGAUCCGUGGAGAAACAUGCUGCAUUCGUUACCAUAACAACAGACAUCAAUUUCUAAUCCAUAUCAACUUCUUUACGCUCAAGAGCAUUGCUGGCGUUUGACAGGUGUAUUCAGUGUGAAUAUCAACCUACCAACAACAUUUAAAUGUGUGUAUGGUUGCAAGUUGUUCGUGUUUUCCUGUGGUAAACAAAGUGCCUCCCUAUGCAGCACCGUGUCAUCAUUACUGUACCAGCCCUUACUGAGCAGAAUAGUAUUUCUUACCUAAUGUAUGUGAUCUACAGAAAAGGAAAGGAAAGGUGCAGGGAUUGCUGCAGAAAUUGUUCAAGGGAGGGGGUGCAACGUUGAAAAAAGGCAUCUAUAUAAUUAAAAGGCAAACUAACAUGUAUCAUAUGGUAAUCGUUCAUAGAAAUAUAAAACUAAGCAAGAUAUUACAGUUUACAUGUUCCCCACUAAAAACCGAAUUAUUGUAUUCAUCUGCUAAGCACAGGGGUUUUCGGGGACGUUGUGAAUUUCGGAGAGGGGUGCGUACCUCACCACUACCCUUUGGAUCCGCGCCUAAGAAAGGUUUAAUAACGACCCCUCGGAACCCUUUGAUGUUUUGGAUCAGUGUCAUGUCUCGUCCCCCGGUGAAAUGGUUUUUUCAAGUUAACUUGGUAGAACAAAAUGUACUUGGAGUACAAUGUAAAAUGGAAGUUAAUCUGUGUGAAGCGUUGGACUAUGGAUAAAGUAGUGAAAAAUGGUAUAACAGAUAAAUGUUGUAAUGUUAUUCACAGUAUGUAUCAACAUAUUAGAUCAUGUGUGACUGUUACAGGUGAUUAUAGAGAUUAUUUUCCAUGUUGUAUAGGCGUCAGGCAAGGUUGAAAUGUAUCACCUUUUCCUUUUUCAUUAUUUCUUAAUGACCUUAUUUGUACCUUAUUAAAUCAUCUAAAGUAUUUUGUUAUCGACUGUUUAAAUUAAAUACUGUGUUCGAGACCAAUUUAGAGAAAAAACAUUGAUUACCAUUAUUACACUUUCGACUCUCAAAUCAUUAUCUUCCCAUUCAAAAAGGCAGAUGGAAAAAACAUGCUUUCUGUGUACUAAUUGGUGAUCAAUUUCAUUAUAUAAUGUGUGUUGUCCUUUUGUAAAGAUGAAAGGAAAAACUACUUCCAAAGUGUUGCCAGUCUUGACUAAAUGUUUAUAAAUUAAGAAUUCUAUUUGACUGUAAAAAAAAAACUAUUGUUCUCAGAAAGCAGGUUUCUGUAAAAAAAAGAAAAAAAGGAAAAACAGAUGAAGUAAAGUCCCAUGGCUGCAAUCUGUUUUUACGAUUUUAUUUUAUUUGUAUAUGCAAUGUAUGUCUUCAAAUGCAAAUAUAAACCCAUAGAUAUACAUUUGGUGUUUUACACGUUUGAAUUUCUGAUGUGCCAUCUUGUCAUUUAUUUAUUUAUUUACAUAUAUUUUUUACAAUGUUCCUCAUUUGCCGUUGAAUUACGGCCAGAGUAUAAAUAAAGUUCAGUUCAGUUCA